AUGUUCUGGAAGAGCUGAGACGUAGUGUUGGCAGGCGUGGCGGUGGUGGCGGGCAGCAGAGGCCGGACUCGUCGCCCACAACACGCCACAACACCACAAUGGCUCUCCACGUCCCUAAAGCUCCGGGCUUCUCGUCUAUGCUCAAGGAUGGUGCUCGGCACUAUGCCGGACAGGAGGAGGCAGUGUUCCGCAAUAUUUCUGCCUGCAAGGAAUUCAGCAAUACCCUGAAAACUGCAUAUGGGCCCCAGGGUCGUAAUAAAAUGGUUAUCAAUCACUUGGAAAAGCUGUUUAUCACCAAUGAUGCAGCCACAAUCAUUAAGGAACUGGAGAUAGAGCACCCAGCUGCCAAGUUGAUGGUAUUGGCUUCCCAAAUGCAGGAACAGGAAAUGGGUGAUGGCACAAAUUGGGUCAUAAUUUUUGCCGGAGCACUUCUAGAAGGCGCGGAGGAUCUUAUUCGUAUGGGCCUUACACCCACUGAUUUAGCCGAUGGAUACCAGUUAGCUUUAAAUAAAGCUCUUGAGAUUUUACCAAAUUUAACGUGUUGGGAAGUUUCAGACCCACGAAAUAUUGAUCAAGCAACUAAAGCUCUACGCACAGCUAUAAUGAGUAAGCAGUAUGGCAAUGAGGAUUUCUUGGCUAAACUUGUAGCCCGAGCCUGUAUUUCUAUACUUCCAGAAAAGACAACCUUCAAUGUUGACAAUGUUCGGGUAUGCAAAAUUCUUGGCUCUGGAAUCCAUAAUUCAGAAGUUAUUCAGGGUAUGGUGUUUCGGCGAACAGUUGAAGGCUCUGUUACGUCAAAGGAGAAAGCUAAGCUUGCUGUGUACUCUUGCCCAUUUGAUGUAACUACCACAGAGACCAAGGGAACUGUUCUCAUUAAGACUGCUGAUGAGUUAUCAAAUUUCUCACGAGGAGAAGAAAAUAGGAUGGAGGAAGAUGUUAAAGCCCUGUCAGAAGCUGGAGUGACAGUAGUUGUUGCUGGUGGAAAGAUAGGUGACCUUGCUCAACACUAUCUGAAUAAAUACAAUAUUAUGGCAGUACGAAUUGUAAGCAAAUGGGACUUGCGUAGGCUGUGCAAGACAGUUGGUGCCACAAUCUUACCCAAGGUGACCUGUCCUACUCCAGAGGAAAUUGGGUUCUGCGAUCAUGUGUUCCUAGAUGAAGUGGGAGACACUCCUGUUACAAUUUUCAGGCAAGAUGGUGCCGAAUCUCGAAUUGCAACAAUAGUCAUUCGUGGGUCUACUGAUAACUAUAUGGAUGAUAUAGAACGAGCCGUAGAUGAUGCCGUCAACACAUUCAAAGGACUUUGUCGGGAUGGGAGGUUUGUAGCAGGAGCUGGUAGCACAGAAGCAGAGUUGAGCCGUCUUGUAGAACAGUACGGGUUGCAGUGUCCAGGCCUAGAACAGUAUGCUAUUAAGAAGUUUGCUGAAGCCCUUCGAGUUUUCCCAAAGGUUCUUGCUGAUAACUGUGGUGCAUCAGAUCAAGAAACACUCUCCAACCUGCUAGCAGCCCACACCGAAGGCAAAACAAAUGCUGGCUUUGAUUGUGAGGGAGAUGGAUCUAAUGUUAUUGAUGCAGCAGAGAAGGAAAUUUAUGAUCUAUUCCUUACUAAAUUUUGGGCUUUAAAGUAUUCUACUUCGGCUGCUAACCAAAUUCUUCGUGUAGACCAAAUUAUUAUGGCCAAGCGAGCUGGUGGACCAAAACCAAGGGGAAUGGGGCCACAAGAUCCUGAUGAUGAUUAGUCAUGUUGAUAAACUAAUAUAUGUUGUUUUGCACUUCAAUUAAUAUUUCACUUUACUUUGGCUGCCUUAUUAAAACGAGUCAGGGGAGAAAAUAUUCCUGCUAAUUUGCUUUAGUUCCGGAGCAAAAGGAAUAGCUUGUAUCUAAUUUCAGCAGCCCACUCGUGUCAAGCUAAACCUUUUUCUUAAGCUGGAGCUUUUUUAUAUAUAAAGUAUAUAUAGCCA